UUCGGAAAAUUGUUCUGUUUUUGUAUUCCACCACCAGCAAACCGGUGCAUGAUGUUGGGAACAACAAAUUCACUCAAAAUGGCACAGAUUUUAACCAACAUAUAUGACUGGUAUAGAGACCUCAUGGACAAUCAGAGCGAUCCUCGGGUCGCCGAUUGGCCGAUGAUGUCGUCGCCCUUUCCCACUCUAGGCCUUUGCAUAUUUUAUGCGUACUUUAGCAAAUCGCUAGCACCAAAGCUGAUGGAAAAGCGAAAACCAAUGGAUCUUAGGAAUACUCUAGUAAUUUAUAAUCUCUUCCAAACCAUCUUCAGUACAUGGAUAUUCUACGAGUACCUUCAAAGUGGAUGGGGUGGACGCUACAGCUUUAGAUGCCAGCCUGUCGACUAUACGGAUAACCCACUCGCUCUACGGAUGGCCCGAACGUGCUGGUGGUACUAUGUCUCGAAAUUCACCGAGUUCUUCGACACGCUGUUCUUCAUCCUACGGAAAAAGACUCAGCACGUCUCGACACUGCACGUUAUCCACCACGGCUGCAUGCCGUUCUCGGUGUGGAUGGGCAUGAAAUUCGCCCCCGGUGGCCACAGCACAUUCUUCGCAAUGCUGAAUUCGUUUGUACACAUUGUGAUGUACUUCUACUACAUGGUAGCUGCUCUCGGACCACAAUACCAAAAGUACAUCUGGUGGAAAAAGUAUCUCACCGCAUUCCAGAUGGCCCAAUUCGUCGCCAUCUUCACGCACCAGUUCCAGCUGCUGUUCACGGAAUGCGACUACCCGAAGGGUUUCAUGGUGUGGAUUGGACUGCACGGUAUCAUGUUCCUGUUCCUGUUCUCCGAUUUCUACAAGCAGGCAUAUAACAAGCGGGUCGGACGGGCCAAAAGGGAAGCGGAAGCAUUGUUGGCUAAGUCGCAUGCCAACGGAAAGCUACACAACGGCGAUGUCGUCAAUAACAACCAGGGUGCUUGCAUGCCCGUCCUGAACGAUGAUGAUGAACUGCACCAGCGAAAGGUUACCGGGAAUGGAAUAUAUUUGAAUGGUGGUGCCAAAACAGCGAAUUCCUACAGCAAUGGCAAUUCGAACGGUUUUGUCGAAUCAAUCCAGCAGUCGAAUGGUGGCAUCGGCGAGAACGGGGGAGCACGGGUCCGGAAAAUCCAAUAACGCUAACAACAACUAGAAGUAAUAAUCAUUGGUGGUUAGCAUCAUCGUCAUCAUCAUCUUUCUAAUUGUCACCAUCAUCACCACACACAACCGCCUCCCCCCUCCCAUGUCAACCGUGUCCUCUUAGCUUUCUGCGCACGGCACUCGAAGCCCACGGAAGAAAGCAGGCAACCAUCGGGUCGAGGAAGUUGUUUAUUUUUAGUACGCUUUUGUCUAAAGAUGAAUGCAGUAUUCAGCCUCCCUCGGUGACUCGGUCCCCAACGUCAUUCUCCGUUCAGCCGUUCAGCUGCACAAAUAUCAUCCUUGCUCCUGUUGAUCGUUUGACGCAUUUCAUAGCACCAGCAAAAAUAACAAAUCGGCGUACAUUAGGCAUCGGUGACACAACGGUGCUUUGCAUCAAAUAGCAACCGGAACACAACUGAAGCUUGAACUUGAACGGUACUCAAACCCACAUGACGGUAUUGUGGAUGCGGGGUGCUGGUUGAUGGUGUAGCUAGCGAGCCUACAUUAAAUCUCGACGAGAGCGCUCCGCUUUCUAACGGGAACGGAUUAAAAAAACACACAUCAGACAUACAAACACACACACAGACGCGUAGCACGAUAGGAUGCUGCAUUAAGAAUAAUGUAUUUUUUGGAAUUUUUUACACUGUACGAAGUAAACUAGGGCAGAUGUAUAGAAAGGUACGCAAUGAAGGUGUUGACUGGUGCGCAUCACUCACGGUGCAUCUUUCUUCUGAAUAGUCCAUGUUGAUCGAACGACGAUGCACUGGCAGAGGAAGCACACUUUGCGGUUGACCCUUCGAGGAAACGAUAAACGAUCAAGUUGUUAGUUAGAUGGGGUGGUGUUAUAUUUUUUUGUUCAUUAUCGUUUUUUGUUUAUUUGUUUUAAAAGUCAUGUUGUACAGAAUGAAAAAAAAAAAAGAUUAGCACUGGAGACAUGUUAAAGAAGGCAAAGGAAUUGCGAAUACCUGUAGUAAAACAAUCGUUGCGUUAUUGUAAAUCAAAACAAAAUGAUAUAAAACAAUGCAACGCAGAGAGGGAACACAAGAACAAAUGGCUAGUAGCGAAAGGACGAGAUUAAAGAAACCGAUUCUAUAUACAUUUUGAGCGAAAACAAGCAAACCAUAGAAACAUUUAAUCAAAGCGGUAACGAAAACCGGGCGAGAAGAAUGCCAAGAAACAAAAGAAAACUAUCGAUGUAUGUGAUUGUAUGUGGACUGUUUCCAACCAUACGCGGUCUGUGUACAGCAACAAUUCGGUUUUAGUGAAUAAGGGAAAUCGAAAGCAUAUGGUGGUGGUAGUACAGGAGAGGUCACACACAAGAACUACAACAUUCUGCCGAUGUUCUGUUAUCGGGGACGUCGGUUUAGAAUAUUAAAGUAAGAAGCUGUAAGUGUAAAAACAAAUGAAGAAAUAUCUUAAAACAAUACAAAGGAUUCAACUGUUUGUUUUCAUGCAAUAUGUGUUUGGCAACGAUCCAUCUGAAGCGCGACAUUUUGCUUGUUUCGUUGUUGGUAGUGGAAAACGUUGAUAACGGAUGUGUUAAAGGAUUCAUCCUCGUUUGUUUCUGGUUUAUUUGCAUAUGCAUUAAGCUCGAGUUAGUUUACGCCACAGAACCGUGACGUGUUUCGAAUUGUGUUGCUCAAACGUAGGAAAUAAUUUCCAUUUCCGCUCUUCAUCUUUAGCACGUGUAUUGUCCCAUGGCAUAAAAGUUAUCUCCCUGCGUAUGAAUUAUAGUAGCUGCCUCUUUUUGAUUGUUAUUCCAGCUGAAUCAUCUUUGAGUGUUUGAGAAAUGAACGAAGUAUGUAGUAAAUGUUCAACGUAUCGUUGUUAGUUACGAUUCCAUUUGGGUCACGUGCCGCGAACUGCAGAAGGUGUUUGCGUUGCCUUCCUAACAGAAACAAGUUUUUGGAUCCUUCCUAGUCUACCCGGCAUUGUGUGUUGUUUAGUUACCUGGCAUAUCGACAGAAUUGUGUAGCUUGGAAGUAGUUACUGAUAGUAAAACAAUAGUAACUCACACAAAAUUAUUUACACGACGCCAUACGCUUCAUGCGAUCGCAAACGAGCUGUAAAGUAAUAAUUGGCAAGCGGGUACUUGAAUACUGUCUGUGAAAUCUGUGUUUUUUUUAUUAUUCACUGGGUAUGGCCAGAAAAGUGAGAGCGAUAAACUGAUACCAAGACGAGUUUGUUGUUAGUUUUAAAAACUUUCUACGUGAUAGCUGUUCAUGCGGACUAGGGCUCUAAGUGCGGUUGAUCGUUAGCUUUUGACGAACGUAGCAGAACAUAGCUUAAGGUACUUUGCGUGCGUGCUCGUGAAAAGUCAACAGCGGCCAUGCGUUUCGGGUCGCAGCUACAAUACCAAGAGGCAGAAAGAGGAAAUGUUCACCAUCUUUUAAAACAUGCGUUUAUUAUCCUUCUUCAUCGUCGUUGUCCAUUGUUAGUGCGUAAGGGAUAAUGUACUCGUAGUCAUAGUUCUAUAUUGUUUUCAUACAUUGUUCAUCUUUAUUCUUUCUUUUGUUUUCUUGCUCGGUUUUGUAUCCACUCGGACAUUUGACUUUCGCAUUAAACAAAAUAACAGACAGAACAUGUUUUAGGAACCAUUUUCAACCUGUUACGUUUUUCGUAUAGUUUUAACAACAGCACAACAAGCGAGCAGGAAUGACAAUCGUCGCUUCAUUGUUAGCAUUUGACAGGGUUAGUAGCUCGGAUUCGAAACCAUUUCAGCGUGGUGGUGCGGCGCUGAAACGAUCCCCCAGCACCACCAAUCGAUGCAUUAUGGCAAAACAAAAAUAAAAAAAAACAUAAACUGUACUGAUGUUGAAAGCAAAUGUUAAAAACUGUUAUAUUCAAACAGGAAAAGAAA